CGGACGUGACGUAGCGGAAGCGAAGCGGCGGCCGCCAUAGCAACGGCGGGAUGAACGCGCCUCCGGCCUUCGAGUCCUUCCUGCUCUUCGAGGGCGAGAAAAAGAUCACCAUCAACAAGGACACCAAGGUGCCCAACGCCUGCCUGUUCACCAUCAACAAGGAGGACCACACGCUCGGCAACAUCAUCAAGUCGCAGCUGCUCAAAGACCCCCAGGUGCUGUUUGCAGGGUACAAGGUCCCACACCCUCUGGAACAUAAAAUCAUCAUCCGUGUCCAAACCACCCCAGAUUACAGCCCCCAGGAAGCUUUCACCAAUGCCAUCACAGACCUGAUCAGUGAGCUCUCCCUCCUGGAGGAGAGGUUCAGGGUUGCUAUUAAGGACAAACAAGAAGGAAUUGAGUAAAAUGGAGCAGACUGUUACUUCUGAGGCAGAAUGACGUUGUCUGUUACUGGAUGAAAUAUUUAAACCUCCACUCAUGGCAAAUAUUUUCCCCCUUGUCCCACUUCUGUUUAAUUUUUGACAGCAAUAUUUUGAAUUUUGGUUGUUUUUUUUUUUUCAUUGCCGACAGGCAAUUUGCCAAGAGGAUAAAUAUCAUGUUGGAUUUCUUGGAUAAAUCAUUAAAGUGAUUUUUAGUUUUCUAAUUGGAGCCUUAAGGCAAAUAUUUGUCCUGGGCUGUUGGGGAGGUUGCUGUGGGUAGGAUUCCAGCAUGAGAAGCUGCUCAGUGACAGCUGGAGAUGAACUCUCUGCUUUUCCUGCCAAAAAGUCCAGGCACUGCCAGCUGAACUGGUAUUUUGUUUUAUUAAGUGUCAUUUCUAUAAAACAAAUGCACAAAUUGUGAAAACUUACAGGAAAAGGAACCGGAUGUUUACAAUGAACUGAUGAGUUUAACAAA